AUGACGUUCGAGUUUGGCGAGGAGUGCAACAACCUCGCCAGGGCUGCGCAUCAGACAAAGAACUACGGCGACGCCAUCAGCCUGUACGAUAGGGCGCUGACAAUGCGCCGCGAGAAGUACGGGCCAAUUCACAAGAAGUGCGCAGCGACGCUGCACAACAUCGGCCGUGUUUUUAUCGACAUGAAGGAGUAUGGCGCCGCCGAGAACGCCUUCACAGAGGCGGCCGCCAUCUACGAGCAAGUGGAGGGGGACAAGUCACUUGAGUACGCCGAGUCGCUGGAGCUGCUCGCGCUCUGCUACACGCAUCUCAAGUUCCUUGAUGAGGCGGAAAAGGCCUUCAAGGAUAGCAUUCGCAUCUUCCGGGAUCAGUGCUACAACUACGGCAACAACUCGUGGCUGCCGGACGAUAAGACACCGCCGGCGGAACCGAACAAGCACCCGCUCUCGUCGGCAGCUCACGCUCUAGCCGACUGCGCGGCGCUCUUCCUGUUCCGCCGCCAGGAGCACCAAGCCGUCGCCUUUCUCGAGGAGGCGCUGGAGAUACGCCGCUUCCUGUACAGUCGCCACGUCAAGUUCCGCCCCAUGAUUGCGCAGACGCUCAACAAACUCUGUGAACUCAAGAAGUCACUCGACGACGCUGUCGGCGCGGAGAUGUGCAUCAACGAAUGCUUGGAGAUUUGCAUCGAGACACUCGGGCGCGAUCACCCGGCGACGGCGCAGGCGACGAGUAGCAAGGCAGGACUGCUCGCCGCCAAGAAGCAGUUCCGCGACGCCUUACGGCUCUACGAGGAAAGCACGUGCACGUACGCCAUGGCGCUCGGCAAGGAUGCGCCGCUUUUUGGGCAGGAGCUCAUGAAACUCGGCCGCUGCCAGGAGCUGUGCAACGACGUCGUCAACGCUGAAAAAACGUUCCGGCGCGGCGUUGAGAUCAUCAAGAAAGGCUUUGGCCCGAACAGCCUCCAGCUGGCGGAGGCGAACACUUUCUAUGGAUCGUUACUGGCCCGAAGGCUCGAUAUUGACCAAGCCGUCGACAUGUUCCGCGACGCCAUUCGGAUUCGCAAGAGUGUGGACAAGCAUGAUCCGCAGUUAGCGUACCUGUACCAGAAGAUCGGGGACGCCUACGCGAUGCGCCGGGAGCCACACGCGGAGGCAUACUUCCUCCUUGCUGUGGAUGCCUUUAAGCAGAACGCCACGAUUGAGCCCCUGCAGCGCACGUACAUGACGGACGUUUUGGAUGACCUGGGGCUCUUCUACCUUGACUUUCAACACUACGAGAAGGCGGAGAAGUGCUUCAAGGAGGCUCUUGACACCCGCAUCGAGAUGCUCGGCGAGAAUCACGCCACAGUGGCGUACUCGUACAGCAACUUCGCGCUCCUGUACCUGCAGCGGCAGGACUACGCCAACUGCGAGAAAAUGGCGGAGGCGGCGCUGGACAUGUACGGCAAGACCGCCCGCUCCAACGUGCUGGCUCAGGCCGACGUGCACACGACGCUGGGUCAGUGCUACCACCAGCAGAGCCAGUUUGCCAAGGCGCUGGAGAUGCACGAGAAGGCGCUCAACGUACGUCGCACGCGCGGCGACACGACGGAAACGGCCGUGGCGGAGUCACUGAAUCAAAUCGCGCGCGUCUAUGUCACAAUGAAGCGCUACGGCAAGGCGUACCGCCAUGUCAAGGAGGCCCGGCGGCUUGUCUGGCAGUUCAACGUGGAAAUCACGCAGCCGCUGCGCAACGAAAUCGUCAAGACAGAGCAGAUGAUUCCACCUAUGGACGAGUGGACGAACGAGGAGCGGGCUGAGGCGCAGGUGAUGAUCGGGGACGGUAGCAGCGUGGCCACGGCCGCCACCGGCUCCUGA